UGUUAUUUGACAGCUGUCAAAAAAUGGUUCGGCCAUUUUGGUUGCUGGCGAAAAACUAGACAGUGACACCGUGUUCCGAGAAAUUCAAUUUUGGUGCAUAUUUCUGCUAAAGGAACAUAAUCUUCGCUACAAACGUAAAGAUGCCAGCUUUAGAUGAAAUCAAAUCCUCCUGGGCGGAUGAGGUAGAAUUAGAUUCCGGUUCGCUGCCUCCGCCUACAGAGAUCAUUGAAAACAAUCACAAAAUUGUCACUGAAUACAAGUAUAACAAGGAUAACAAGAAAGUGAAGGUGGUUCGAACGUAUAAGAUUUCCCGGUUGGUCGUACCGAAGAGUGUGGCUAAGCGGAAGGCAUGGGCUAAAUUCGGUGAUUCAGCCAAUGACACACCGGGACCUAAUCCCCAAACCACUAUGGUAUCCGAAGAUAUUUACAUGCAAUUUGUUAGCAACAAGGAGGAGGACCAGAAGCCGGAAAGCACGGAUACUUUGAAGAAUGUUAAGUGCCGUAUUUGUGAUGGCGAUCAUUGGACACUUAACUGCCCCUACAGCGGAACAUCGUUGGGGAUUGGUAAAGCCAAACAGGCCCCAGCUAUUGCAGAACCACCGGUUACCAGUGCCCCAUCGGUUAAGAGCGGUAAAUAUGUGCCACCAAGCAUGCGCGAAAGCCAAAAGGCAGGUUUGGGAGCUAAUCUGCGCGGCCGAGACGACACAACCGCCAUCCGUAUCUCGAAUUUGUCGGAAGCGAUGACUGAAGCGGAUUUGGAAGAGCUGGUGAAGAAAAUCGGACCACAUAGCAAAAUGUUUUUGGCUCGCGAUAAGAAUACCGGCCUGUGCAAGGGUUUCGCCUACGUUCACUUUAAAUCACGCCGUGACGCUGCGACCGCUAUCGAGCUGCUUAACGGACACGGCUAUGAUCACUUGAUAUUAAAUGUUGAGUGGUCCAAGCCGCAAAACCCGCAGUAAUAUACCGAUGGUUGGAAGAACAAAUUUAAAAAUGAUAAAAAUAACUUCUGUUCUUGUAUUAUUUGAUAGGGUGAGGUGAUUUAAAGUCAACUCAAAAAAUAUUGGAAUAAACGUAAUGAAAAAAAAAAAA